AUGUCUCCUUCUAAAGUGCUCAAGGAUGAAAUUCCAUCCAAUUUGGAUGCUCGAUUCACUGCUAUCAAACAAAGAUUAAUUAAACCCGAGAAUGCCAAACAAGUCUCUGCUAGCUGGAAAAGGUUACUAGUCGAAAUAGAGAAAGAAUUUAUUGAAAUUGCCAGAAUUGGACCCUCGUAUGUUCCUAAAUGUAGUUUUACUGAUAUCAAAGAUAACAAACUUCCAGUACAAGUUUCCAAUUUGUUUAAACAACGGGGUUGUUUAAUGAUUGAAAAUGUAAUUGAUGUUGAUCAAGUUGAUAUUUGGUUUAAUGGAUUGGUUGACUUUUGCAAAUCACAUCCAGAAACAGCAGGGUACACUUUUCCUAAUCCAACAUCCUGGUACAAUGUUUUUUGGUCAAAACCACAAACAGAAGCAAGAUUCCAUCCUAAUAUGAAAGCAAUCUUCAAAGCCAUGAGCAAAGAGUUUCAUGUUCAAGAUAAAGAGAAUUGCUUGAUUGAUUUAGAAACACAACUUGUUUAUGGUGACAGAAUUAGAAUUAGAGAACCAGGUAAAGCAGCCGCAUUGCCCUUACAUUUAGAUUCUUCUUCAAUAGAAAGAUGGGAAGAUAUUAUGUAUUCCGAGGUGUACAAACCAAUUUUUGAAGGUGACUGGGAAAAUUGGGAUGCAUUUAAGUUGGAUGAAAGAACUUAUUCAAAGGAGAAUUUAUAUGAGAAUGAAGAUGACGUAGAUGGGAAAUCCACAAUAUGCUCCUCCUUUCGGACGUUACAAGGUUGGUUGGCGCUCUCUAACAAUAAGUCAGGUGAAGGUACAUUAAGAGUAUUACCGAGCUUAAAAUUAUCAGUAGCUUAUAUCAUGCUUAGACCAUUUUUUUGGAAAGAUCCUGAGUCAGGAAACAUUGACGAUUAUGAGAUUGAUUUGACAACACCCAAGUUUCCUGGAACAGUGCCAGGAACUGGACAAUUAUUUCUUGACAAGUUUCAUCCUCAUUUACAACAAGGUGUUAUUUCUAUACCCGAUGUUAAAAAGGGCUCAUUUGUAUUUUGGCAUUGUGAUCUUCCUCAUGAGGUUGACAGAGAACACAAUGGAGAUGGGCACUCUUCAGUCUUGUAUUACGGACAAACUCCAUUAAGUAUUACCAACAUUCAGACAUUGUUGGAUACUAGAAAUGCCUUUUUAAAAAACAUUUCACCAGCUGAUUACAGAUCUCAAUUAAAUGAAGAGGAAAAGCGAAAAGAAUUUCAAGGUGCUGAUAUCGAUGACUUGAAAAAUGACAUUGACUCGAAAAGAUCAAUGGGGUUGUCAGAGUUUGAAAUACCAGAGAAUGUGACUUGUGAUCAAGCAAAAAUUAGAAAGAUUGCAAACCAAGCAUUACAAGGUGGUGGUUUUGACAUUGAAAAGUAUAUUCAUCGAUUCAAUAAGUAG